AUGACAAGCGCCGCCCGCGUCGUGCUGCCGUCGCCCACGCUGUUCAGGAACGUGCCAUUGCAGCCCCGCGAGCGCAUCAACGAAAAAACGCACACGCCCUGCCCUGCCGUCAUGUCGCCAGAAAUCGACAGGCUCGUGUCCGAGGUGACGGUGCCCGAUUCGACGCUCACGCCGGACCGCUCCACCACCCCGAGCGCCGCCGCGCCGCCCAAGCCGGACAUCACCAUCGACUUCGCCCCGCCGUCCGCGGCCCAGGACGCCGACUUGAUCGCGCGCGUGGCAGCCCUCGUGAACAAGGUCUAUUUCGACGCCGAGGGGGGCAUCUUCCACGACGGCUACCAAAGGACCAGCACCGCCGAGAUUGCGCAGUUUAUCAAGGACCAACGCCUGGCGCUCGCGCGGCUCGUCCGUCCGUCGCCGUCGCCGUCGGCUGGGGCCGGGGUCGGGACCGGAGCCGGAGAUGUCGUUGGUUGCGUCUACGUCAAGACGCUGUCGCCCACCCUUGGCGACUUCGGCAUGCUUGCCCUAGACGUGACGUAUCGUGGGGGUGGGUUGGGGCGAGACCUGGUGCGCUUUGCCGAGGACCAUUGCCGCCGCAUCGGCUGCACCAAGAUGCAGCUCGAGUUGCUCGUGCCAACCACGUUUGAGCAUGCUCUCAAGACCCGGAUGCAGGCUUGGUAUCUGCGCAUGGGCUAUCGCAUCGUCAAGCUGGGGAGCUUCCAAGACGAGUACCCGGCGUUGGCCCCGUUACUCACCGGGCCGGCCGACUACAAGAUUUUCGAGAAGGACCUAACGUCGAGCACUCCGUAG